CAGAGAAAACAAACAGGAGGUCACUGUCAGGGCCUGGGCCAUCACUGGGAGUGGGGUGGACAGGCUCUCUGAGGGCAGAAGGCCAAGGGACAGAGGUUAGAGUGCAUUCCAAAGCCACUUCUCCAAGGACAGAGCUGGUGCCAUGGGUACUGGGCAGGGGCUAGUCUUUCUGCUGCUCUUGCUGCUGCUGCUGAGGGCUCUGGGGCAGCCCAUGUUUCUACCUGCUGUGGCCCUGGCCCUGCGCUGGCUCCUGGGAGACCCGACAUGCUUCCUGGUGCUUGGUCUGGUGGUGUUGGCACAGCCCUGGAUCAGCUCCUGGAUGCCCCACUGGCUGAGCCUGGUGGCCGUGUUCCUGACACUGAUUCUCUCACCUGCACGGCCACCCCCAGGGCUUCGCUGGCUGCUGGUGGAUGUGGCCUACUUGGUCAAGAUCCUCCACCUAGGCCUGAACAUCAAGCUACAGCUGCGCCGACGGCCUCCGGACACUUUUGUGGAUGCCUUUGAGCGGCAAGCAGGAGCACAACCUGACCAGGUGUCCUUGGUGUGGACGGGGCCCAGGACCUGCUCAGUCACAGCUGGUGAGCUGGAUGCCCGGGCCUGCCAGGCAGCGUGGGCCCUGAAGGCUGAGCUGGGCAGCCCCACAGGCCUGGGUGCCAGGAAGCCAGCUGCCCUCCUGGUGCUGACCUCUCAGGCCAUUCCUGCUCUGACUGUGUGGCUGGGGCUGGCCAAGCUGGGCUGCCCGGUGGCUUGGAUCAACCCACAUGCCCGGGGGGCGCCCCUGGUGCACUCUGUACUGAGCUCUGGAACACAACUGCUGGUAGUGGACCCAGAUCUCCGGGAGAACCUGGAGGAAGUCCUUCCUGAGCUACAGGCUGAGAACAUCCGCUGCUUCUACCUCAGUCAUGCCUCCCCUACGCCAGGCGUGGGGGCUCUGGGGGCCGCCCUGGAGGCUGCUCCCUCCGACCCAGUGCCGGCUCACCUGCGUGCUGACAUCACGUGGCAAAGCCCUGCCCUGUUCAUCUACACCUCAGGGACCACUGGGCUCCCGAAGCCAGCCAUCCUCUCUCAUGAGCGUGUACUUCAGAUGACCAAGAUGCUGCCCUUGUGUGGGGCCACAGCUGCUGAUGUGGUCUACAGCGUCCUGCCUUUAUACCAUGUGAUGGGGCUUGUUGUUGGGGUUCUCAGCUGCUUAGAGCUUGGAGCUACCUGUGUCCUGGCCCCAAAAUUUUCUGCUUCCUGCUUCUGGGAUGACUGCCGGCAGCAUGGUGUGACAGUGAUCCUGUAUGUAGGCGAGAUCCUUCGUUACCUGUGUAAUGUCCCCCAGCGACCAGAGGACCAAACACAUACAGUCCGUUUUGCAAUGGGCAAUGGACUACGGGCAGAUGUGUGGGAAACUUUCCAGCAGCGCUUCGGUCACAUUCGGAUCUGGGAAUUGUACGGCUCCACGGAGGGCAACAUGGGCUUUGUGAACUAUCCCGGGCACUGUGGGGCUGUGGGCAAGACCAACUGCCUUCUUCGAGUGCUAUCUCCCUUUGAGCUUGUUCAGUUUGACACGGAGACAGCAGAACCUGUAAGGGACAAGCAGGGCUUCUGCAUCCCUGUGGGGCCAGGGGAGGCCGGGCUCCUGUUGACCCGGGUUCUAGGUCGCCACCCUUUCCUGGGCUACCACGGGCACCAGGAGCAGUCGAAGCGGAAGCUGGUGUCGGACGUGCGGCGCGCGGGCGACCUGUAUUACAACACCGGCGACGUCCUGGCCCUGGACCGCGCGGGCUUCCUCUACUUCCGCGACCGCCUGGGGGACACCUUCCGAUGGAAGGGCGAGAACGUUUCCACCAGGGAGGUGGAGGGCGUGCUGUCGCUGGUGGACUUCCUGCAGGAAGUGAACGUCUAUGGCGUGUCUGUGCCAGGGUGCGAGGGGAAGGUGGGCAUGGCUGCCGUGCAGCUGGCUCCCGGCCAGACUUUCGAUGGGCAGAAGCUGUACCAGCACGUCCGUGCUUGGCUUCCUGCAUACGCUGUCCCUCAAUUCAUCCGUAUCCAGGACGUACUGGAGAUCACCAGCACGUUCAAAUUGGUGAAGUCCCGCUUGGUGCGUGAGAGCUUUGAUCUGAGUGUCGUCGUUGACCCCCUGUUCAUACUGGACAAACGGGUCCAGGCCUUCCGGCCCCUGACAGCAGACAUAUACCAGGCUGUGUGUGAAGGAACCUGGAAGCUCUGACAACCUGGCCAGCCCACGGGACACACGAGGGGACAGAGACCAUUACCCACCCCAUCCCUCUGUCAUCUCCAUCCCAUGCGAAAGGCUGUGGGCAUCCAAGCCGGGAGGAUAGUGACCUUGGGCUCCCUAGCAUAACAGUGGUCUGCUUCACCUUUUGAAUAUAGCUCGGAGGCUUAUUUUAAAAGGGACUGUUUUCCUUUGCCUCUUCUUCCCCCACACCUCCUCCCCAACCUGGGGGCAGGGAACAAGUGUCCUGAACUAUCUGCUCCACAGGAUCCUCUGCUGAGGAUCUAGGAAGUGAGUAUCUCUCAAAUUGACAAGUGAAUGUUAACACAACAUCAGGGCACCCUGAGACCCCCUUUCAGGGCACACCUGGAAUAUAGCCUUUGAAGAGUUCCUUUUAAAUCCCCCUGUUCCUCCUGAUGGGCAGAAUCACAGCUUCUGGGACUGAGUCUCUUGUGAUUCUCUUUUGCUAGCAAUAAAACUUCUUUUUCCUUUUUC